AAAUUUGCCGAUUUUUAAAUAAUUUAUCUAUGGAGACGAGAAUCCCCGGAAAAUUUCCAAUUCUUUGAUAUACGUUACUGCAAUUUUUAUCUCAAGACUUCGCAGUGACAAAAGUAAAUGUCCCGAGGCAAUUGGAGACCUCGUUUGCUUCUACCUUAAAUUUGUAAGGAAGCUUUCUUUCACAGUAGGUACUUAUUGGAACAAAACAAUGCAAUUUAAGUGGAUUUCAACACAACAUCGUACGAAGUAACAUCGUACUAUGCAAUUUUUCGUUUAUAUAUAGAGAAAACAAAUAUUGUAUAGAAAAAUAAGGAAUAUGAUUUUUUUUAAUCACAUGCAAGAAAACCUAAUAUGUAUUUUAUAAAUGGCAUAAUACGUUUCAUUUAAUUGUUACAAACAGAAUUUCAAUAACGUUAUUAAGAAUAGAAUACUUUGAAAGAAUUAAAUAGAAAUUUAAUAUUUGGAUUAAACAAGAUAUUGGGGUUAAAUAAGAAAUUGUAAUACUUGGAGAAGUUACACUUUUGUUUUUUCUUUUGACGCGGUUGGUUGAUUUACUCUUUCUUUGAUUUCCACGUGAGUUGUUUCAGUCUUGUAACUAGAUAUGACUCAGAAGGAUAAUGAAAAGAAAGUUAUUUCCGAGAUUAUUAUCGUUCAAACAUCAAAAUGUAUAUAUGAUAAUUUUUUAUUAAAAUCAAUAUUAUACAAUCUGAUACGAUCAAUUAUUUUAGAUAAAUAUAUAUAUAUAUAUAUAUAUGUACGUGAAAUAAUUUUUAUCAUGAUUAUCAUCAUUAUUUUGAUAAGAAAGAAAAAAAAACUAUAUAUGUUAUAAUAUAGAAAAUUAUACAUAUAUAUAUUGCAUACAUGAUUAUAUGCAUAUCAUGGCCAUUCAAUGAAAUAUAUGAUGAAACAAUCUCAAAUGUACAUCUUAUCAUGAAAAAUGAUGUUACAUACAUGACUUCGUUACGUGUUUAUUAUCUUAGUAUAGUUCUACGAGUUGACAAAUUUUAAAAAACAAGUGUCACCCUUCAUUAUAAAAAAUGUAAAACAUUUUACUUGAAAAAACAUCAUAACAAUUCUCUUUAGUAUAUACAAACAUGUUUCUAACUAUCUAUAUUCUGAAAUUCUGAAUAUACAUAUUAUAUUCUUGAACAUUUUCAAUUACUAUUACAUACUACAAGAAGAGAAGCAAUUUAAGAACAAUUCGAGCUUAUUCGAAGAAUUACGUUCUUUUCUUUUCAACAUAAAAGUUCUCGAAGGUCGAAAUAACUUAAUUUUCUAAUUAAUACUCUCUUCUAAUUAAUACUUUAAUUUCAAGAGAAAGUUUUUCGCCAAAUUCCAACUUGUAGUUAUCUUUAAAUGCUGAACACAAGAUAUGGUCGCAAAAUAUCUAUACACAGCUUUAUUCUUACAAAUGUUCGGUCAGAGAUUAAACAUAAGAUUUGCACUGCUUGCAGCUCUUAUUUUUUCUUAUUAGAAUUCAUGUUAUAUAAUUAAAAAUUAAAAUUUAGUAAUUAACAUUGUAUUUACAUGAAUUUAUAAAUAGCAUCAGGCAUUAAUAAAAAAAAAAAGAUUAAAGAUCCGAUAAUGAUCAAUGAAUUGAAACGGCAUUAAAUUAAAUUAUGAUAUAGUUAAUUGUCCAUCGUGAGAAGCAUAGUUUCACCCAUGGAUCGAUGAUGUAACGAAACGAUAUACCGUUUGUUACUUCCGGGCCAGUCGAUGGCCAAACGGAGAGGACACAGCUGGUAAAGGCCGUUUACACGAUUCCUAGUCUGCAGAGCACUUUGUUACCUGAGCUAUCGGAAAUAACCUGUUGGCGGUCCCAUGAAUGAGUGGGUGGAUCAUGUCUAUAUCUCACGACCUAUCGUGAUCACUGGCCGCGAUCAGGAUGCACAACAUUUGCAUAGAUAACCCGUAAGCUCGAAAACGGCCGCCUAUUCCUUCUCGCGAUCGUGAUUCGCCUGAUUUCGCGUGUGAUCGAUAGUGUGUUGUUCGACGUCGUCGUGAAAGGAACUGAUCAACGUAUAUAAGCGUUUUCUUUUCUCGAUUUUCUUGCUUCGUGGAUUGGAUGAUUGGUUUAUCGAAGUGGUUUACAUAGAUGAAUAGAAAGCAAUUCGUAUUUUUUUUUCUUUUUUUAAAUAACAUUCGUAUUUAGUGAAGUGAAUAAGAUUUCUAUAUUAUGUUGUCUCAAAUGAAAACCAAUUCUACUAGAAAGCUGGAAGGAAAACGACCGAAAGAACUAAUGUCGUCUUCCAGUCUUUCCGGUAUGUCACAAUUAUCGAACAGCAGUGAAGAGACUUUGGAACCUCUUGUGCAUAAGCCGCACAAAUUGGAAACGACAGAAAGCACAACGAAAGACGCAAGUCCACAAAACAACGAAUGGCUAUUAAGUGGACCAAGUGGGAACAAGUCUAUUUUACGUUUCAAAUGUUCUGCAUUAGCAACUCCUCCGAAAGAACCUCCCGCGAAAAUAUUGCACAUGACCUAUAAAAUUUUUCAAACGGACACUAAACUUAUUAAUCUUUUGCUGCAAUCACACGGCUUAACAGAGGUUCCUAUGAAUGAGAUGGAUUUUAACAUUCUGUGGAUGGGAAAUCAUCCAAAACCGGAUAUUCUACGAAAUUUAAUGCCUUAUCAAAAAGUAAAUCAUUUUCCAAGAUCGUAUGAAAUAACGCGCAAGGAUCGAUUGUACAAGAACAUCGAGGCAAUGCAACGCAGCAAGGGUUUACGAAAUCUGGAUUUUAUACCCCAAACGUUUCUGCUGCCCAGCGAAUCGAGAGAAUUACUCACUGCGCAUUUCAGGUAUCGCGGGCCCUGGAUUGUCAAACCCAAAGCCAGCUCUCGUGGACGUGGGAUUUAUAUUGUUAAUAGUCCUGAAAAAAUUCUUACGGAUGAAUCUGUAAUCGUUGCACAAUACAUAAAUAAUCCCCUACUGGUCGAUGGGCACAAAUGUGACUUACGGUUGUAUGUAGCCGUCACAAAUUACGAUCCACUGUUGAUCUAUCUAUAUGAAGAAGGCUUAGUGAGAUUCGCCACGGUGAAGUAUGAUGGUGGCAACCAAUAUAUCUGGAAUCCCUGCAUGCAUUUGUGCAAUUAUAGUAUUAAUAAAUUCCAUGUGGAUUACGUAAAGAGCGAAGAUCCAGAUGCGGAGGAUGUAGGUCAUAAGUGGACCUUAUCGGCGUUACUUAGACAUUUACGAUCAAUGGGACAGGACACGGAAUUGCUUAUGCAACGAAUAGAGGAUAUUAUCAUAAAGUCGAUUCUCGCAACUGCCUCUGGAAUUGUCAGUGGUAUCAAGCAAUUUGUGAAAUAUCCGGAGGCAUGUUUCGAAUUAUUUGGAUUUGAUAUUUUAAUUGAUGAUACGUUGAAACCAUGGUUGUUGGAAGUCAAUUUGACGCCAUCGUUAGGUUGUGAUUCACCGCUCGAUGUUAGAUUGAAAUCGGCAUUAAUAGCUGAUUUGCUUACCCUGGUUGGAAUACCUGCGAUUGAUCCAAUGUUACGACCCCAAAGUACACAAUUAAAUCGAUCUGCAGUUACUUCUACUAAAAGAAUAGUUAACUAUAGAAGAGUACAUUCGGCUGAAACAUUGUCGCAAAGAAAGAAGAAUGCGAGCAAAAGUAAUAUCAAUAAAUCAGGAUUAACAAUUGAACAACAACGAAUAGUUGCAUCUGUAAAAGCUCAAUUCGAACGACGAGGUGGAUUUGUUCGUAUAUUUCCUAGUCCAAAAUCAUGGGAAAUGUACGCACAAUAUUUAGAUCCAACCACUGGAAUACCAAUAGUUUCGGAUCCUUUAGGACCCGGCAGAGUUCCACAUCAAAUUAAUACGAAUCAUAAUUUAAUGUUACAUGAACAAUUAUUUCCCGCAGCUAGUCGCACUACUGAUUUUAUCAUUCCCGAAGUUACCUUGGACAGAUUGUCUAGAUAUGAAAGAUAUGAGAGAGCGUUGGUAAAAGGGCACAAACAAAGUUUAGAUCGCGGUCAUAGUAAAGAGAAUAUAGAUACGGAUAAGCAUAAAUAUAAGAGUCAAGUGGUACAGUCUAUGCAUGAAGGAAAUAAGCUUAGUCCUGGAGAAGCUAGAAAAGCCUUCGGUUUAUAUUUAGGACAUAUUUUGCGUAAAAUAUCGCAACCUAAUGCGGAUCCAGCAUGUUGUGAUCUUGUAAUGAAAUUUCUUCAACAAUCAGCUAGUAAUUUAAGAACACCAUUCUUUUUUACGUUACCAAGUAGUAAAUUGAGCGAGAAAGAUCGGGCUGCAGUUACAGCUAAACAACUCUCAGACUUUUUACAUUUAUACAAUCGAGAAACGGAUCUUUAUGCGGAUACAGUUGACCGUCCACGUACUGUUCCGAAUCGACUUUUCCAAAAAUUUUUAGCUGCGGCAAAUGAGCAAGAUCUAGAUGAUAUAUUAAGUUUACAAACGAGGCUAUACAAAUGCGCCCAUAGUUUUUUGGGAAGAAGCGGUUUUGCAGGAAAUCUACCCGGUCCUAAUUUGUUGGGUUCUUUGCCUCAUAUUACAUCUCGUGUAUAUUCCAACGCUGCAACUAGUGAACAAUGCAAAUGUAAUCAAUCAUCAAUCACUAGGCCUAUAAAAGCUGCACGUACUUAGUUAUAUAAUGUGAAUAUUUGUUAUAGAUACAUUUGCUUGUUAAAAGUACUAUGUACGGCUGCUCUAGAACUUCCCAGUACAAGUGGACAAUCAUCCACGUAUAUAUAAUCCUAACGUUUCCCAUAUUAAUAUAGCACAGAGAAUCAUCACAAAACAAAUAUUUUGGAUACGCUUGAAAAGCGCUUUAAUAUUCGCUUAUUUAUUAUAAGAUAGAAGAAAAAAGUUCGUUAUAUUUAUAUUAUUGUAAUGAACUACAUAUAUCUUAAGCCUUUUUAAAAAAGUUUUCUUGGUCUCUCUAAACGAGUUCAUAUUCUUAAAUUACAAUUUUAUCUUAAAAUUAAUCUUCAACAUUAAAGAAUCGACGAAGAUAGAUAGAGAAUUAUUUUAAAAUAAGAAUUUUUAAAUACUUACUAAGGAUUUAGGUUUUGCAAAUUUUAUCAUAUAAAACACGUGGCCAAUUAAAAUCGUUUUAAGGUAAAAUAGAAAUCUUAAAAAAUAAAUAAUUCAAUAAUAAAUUUUAAUGAAGACAUGUCAUCGGCCUAAAUAGGCGAUUAAUUUACUUUUUGAAAUUAAAUUGUAACAUUUAAUGAUGAAAAAUCUUUUACAAAAAUAUUUACAAAAAUAUAUUUGUCAUUUCUUCAAUACAUAUUAUUGUUUAAGUAUGUAAUUUUUAAUAUAUAUACAUAUAUAUAUAUAUAUAUAUAUAUAUAUAAUAUACAUAUACAUAUAUAUAUACAUAUAUAUGUUUAUUUAUCAAAUUAACAAUUAAUUUUAUAUAGCUAACUUAUAAAUUUUUUUUAUUAAAAAUUUAAGUAGAAGUUUAAGUAAUUAAUUACUAUUUUUAAUAGUUUUAUUAAAAAUGUUCCUAUUUAAGUUACAUUUCUAUCCAAUUAAAACCAACAUAUUUGUUUUUAUGAAUUUAUAUUGAUGCCUUUUUAGGUCUAGUCAAAUUGAAGGCAUACAUGAAAAAAUUUAAUAUAAGGUUUUUUUUCUUUUAUGGUUAUUUGUUGUUCUUUUAUUAACAAUAUCACGCGUGUCUGACAAUUUCAAUUUUUUCAUAAAAAAACUUAGAGAUAAAUAUAAGAUAUAAUAAUUAAAAAGGUAAAACAUAAAAAGAUUCAACGAAUUAAAUAUUUACGAGCAUAUAGUUCAUGAAAAAAAGAUUUAAGAAUUUUUCGAUAUCAAUUUUUCGAAGUGCAAUAAAAAAUUAAUAAUUAAUAAAUUCUUAUAUUAGAUUCGUUAUAAGAUAUAAGGCACUUUGUAUAGUUAUAGUAACAUAUAUAAUAAUGAUUUUGAAUUAUGACUCGUAUUAUCAUAUGAUAAUACAUAUUAAAUUACAUAUAUUCAGUUUAAAAGAAAUAUGUACCAUACUUUGGGGAAUGUUUAUCGAUAUGAUUGGCAGGUACCAAUCCAUUAGAUAAAAAAUCGUAUAGAUCUUAUCCAUCCAUAUAAUGCCGUCAGUAUUUAAUACAAGGAUUUACAGCUUAUUCUUCCAAGAAAUAUGUCAUUUACAUUAUUGAAAAGCUUUAUAACAUUGCACGCGAUGAAACAGAAAGAAACAUUAUAUUUUUCCAUUUGCGUUAUUAGAUUGAAAUAUGAAGUAUUGGUACAUGAAUUCAACUCAUUUGCUGUGAUACAAUUGCAUGUGACAACACAAGAAUCAAUAUCUCUGACUCAAUCGCUUUUAAUAUGUUAUAACAUGUUAUUUCAGUGGGUUGAUCUCACGUGAAACAAAUUUCUUAUUAUUAUCCCUUGCUGAGCACAAAGGAACCUAAUAUUAUUUUUAUUAUAAUAUGAAAGAAUAUUGUUAUUGCAUAAUUGUAUUCAUAAUUUAACACAUUUUAAUCAAUUAAGUAAUACAUUAUUAAUUAUUAUUUCAAAAUUUAAAGCAUCUAUUUAAAAAAAAACUUAUACAACGAAUAGAUAUAAAAACAUAUUUUUAAAUAUGCAUUGAUCACAUUUAUUUUAUCAUAGUCUAUCAGGAAUUAUAUUUUUGUUCUAUUCAUUUUUAUUUAUAUCAUAUAUCAUAUUUAUAUCAUAUAUUAAUUAUUUUGUUCAUACAAGUGUACGAAAUAUUAUUUUCUAUUAUUUUGAAUAUUAUAUUAAAUAAUAUAUUUAUCUAAAUCAAAGAUAUUAACAUGCAAUAAUAUUAUCUUUUAUAUAUGCAUCAUUAUAUUUCAUUGCCCAAAUUUAUCUAUCUUAUAUCAUAAUAAGAUAUAUCAGUUUCAUGUCCACUAUUUGCAUCUAUCUUAAAUAUUAUAAAAUAUUAAUAUCUUAAAUCAAUAUUAUUACACACAUAUAUACUGCCAUUAUUUUAUAAACAUAUCUUUUCUUUAUAAUUGUAAUGUAUUUUUUAUAUCAUGAAAAAUUUUAUUUGAAUAGAUGUAUUUUAUGUAUUCGAAACAUGUAAAUUGUGUAAAGUAAAAAAUGCACAAUAGUUUCACUUAUUUUUUUAAGAUUACUAUUAGUUAUAAUUAUUUUAUUGAAAAAUAAUAAUGUUCAUAUCUAAGUUACAUAUUUUUUAAGUUCAUAAAACUCUAGCUGUAAGUGUAAAGUUUUAACAAUUAUUGAAAUUAAAAUUAUAUCAAGAAGAAAUCAAAGGAAGACACGAAAAUUUAGAAAGCUUUUUAAUAUAUUGCAAAUAUAUAAUUAACGUAUUGUUCUUGUACUUAAAUGUUCGUAAUCUGUUAAAUCAAAUGCUUUCUGUAUUUAUAUAUUUUGUGAUGCGAAUUAUUUAUUAUAAUAACUUAAUUAAAAAAUUUUUGAAAAAUAUAAAUAUCAAUUCGUGCGUAAAAUAUUUGAUGAAAAAUUUUUUCUUAUCUAUCAGCCAAUAAAAUUAUGCAGUAAGUUUAUUAAAAAAAAACUUCAAGAAUAAUUAUUUAUAAAUUAUAAUUACAAAAGAACGUUGAACAAACAAUAGUAAAAUCGUAAUAAUUGAAGAAAAGUGAUAAAAAUCAGUAAAAAUAGUAGAUGUAUAUAAAAAGAGAAUUGUUAUUACCUCUAUAUUGUGUAUGUAACACUCCCUUCCUACCUGUGAUUUGUAAAAUUUACUAGUCAGCUUACUGCAUUUAUUAAUAUAAAUAAAAUAUUAUAAGAAAACACACUUACACAUUCACAAUUGCUAUAUAUAAUUAUUUUAUUAUAAUCAUCAAACAUAAAAUAAUUACUCGGAAAUAUAACAAAAUAUCAUAAAAAAAUAUCAAAUACAAAAGAUUUCAAUUAAAUUUAUCAUUGUUAAAUCAUCUAUUAUGUUGAUUGUUAUAUAGCCGAGUACGUGUAGCCUUCUUAAUAUUUAAAUGAUAUCGAAAGAUAUCGAUUAUAUGUAUAAACAUAUUUUCGCAUUGUAAAAUUAUAUUCAAAAUAAAAUGUAAUAAUUCGAAA